GGCCUCUCCUCAGGAUGGACCAUAGAUGCUCUUCAGCCUCCUCUUUUUUUGCCUGGGUAUGUCGUACACCUGGCAGCGGCUGUGCAGUGUCUGGGAGCCUCGUUUCAUUCCAGGGUAUUUCCUCUAGUAUUGCCUGUGAAGUGGUAACAAGCAGCUUUCCUUCACUUUCUGUAAUUGUUCAGUCGCUGUUUUGCUCAGUUGACAUGCGCCAUCCUAUGGAAUACAGCGUGCACUUCACCAGAUAUAUAGAAGACUCUAUAGUGCAAGCUCUUACUGUCAUGAGCAAUCAUUGGGUUGCUUAUGCUGAUCUAUGAUAUGCUGUUGCCUGAGGAAGACAUCAGCAUAAUCACUUCUAUUUUCUCUUCUCCCCUUCAGGUUUCUCCAAUCCAGGAUGCUCUGCUGAUAUCUUCUAUAUAAGAGAAUUCUCCUGGAUGACCCAUCAACCAUGGAGAGAGACAGGAACAAGAUGGCCAACAGGAUCAUAAACCUCACCCUACAGAUACUCUUCCGGCUUACUGGAGAGGAUUACACAGUAGUGAAGAAGUCCUCUAGUGGGCGCUGUCGGGCCCCUGUGUGUGAAGGAUGGGGAAGAACCCUGAGCCCAAUCCCGGGGCCCCCACCUCACUCCCUGAUACAUGAGGAAAUGGAUGAACAGAAGAUCCUAGAACUCAUCUACAAGAUGAUGGAGCUGCUGACUGGAGAGGUUCCUAUAAGGUGUCAGGACGUGGCGGUCUAUUUCUCCAUGGAGGAGUGGGAGUAUAUAGAAGGACACAAGGAUCAGUACAAGGAUCAGGUGAUGAUGGAGGAUCAGCAGCCCCUCACAUCACCAGUCAGAUCCAGUAAGAGAACAGCACCAGAGAGGUGUCCCCGUCCUCUUCUUCCACAGGAUGAUCAGGGAGAAGAUUGGAACAAUAUUAAUGCUGCAGAGACAGAUGUGAGCGGUGAUGAGCAGUAUAAGGAGGACAUUCCUACAGGGAGAGAUCUGAUCUUUAUUAAUACUACAGACAUAAAGGAAGAAGAAGGGACAGAUGUGAAGGGUGAUGAGCAGUAUAAGGAGGACAUUCCUACAGGUGACUUUCCAGAUGUCUGUAUCAGGACCUCAGAGGAAAGUUAUAUAUCUUCAGAUUUUAUAGCAGAUGAUGGCCUUACACAAAACACAUAUGAAGAAGAUUCCAUUGUCUCGGAUAUACCCUCAGCCCUUCACAGCCAAGAUCUGUCAUCUUUGAACAAGAUCCUACCUUCUGGUUCUUCACAUUGUGUAAAGCAAAAUAAAGGCCCCAGAAGGGGUGUUGAACGUCAAUUAGUAGAGAAAUCGUAUUCAUGUUUAGAAUGUGGGAAAUGUUUUAGUGUUAAAUCACAUUUUGUUGAACAUCAAAGAACUCACACAGGGGAGAAGCCAUUUUCAUGUUCAGAAUGUGGAAAAUGUUUUACUGGGAGAUCGGAUCUUGCUAAACAUCGGAGAUUUCACACAGGGGAGAAGCCCUUUUCAUGUUCGGAGUGUGGGAAAUGUUUUACUUUGAAAUCAGAUCUUGUCAGACAUCGAAGAACUCACACAGGAGAGAAGCCGUUUUCAUGUUCAGAAUGUGGAAAAAGUUGUUCUCAGAAAUCAGAUCUUGUUAAACACCAGAGAACUCACACAGGAGAGAAGCCAUUUUCAUGUACAGAAUGCGGGAAAUGUUAUACCGUUAAAUCCCAUCUUGUUGAACAUCAAAGAAUUCACACAGGAGCAAAGCCAUUUUCAUGCCCUCAGUGUGGGAAAUGUUUCAGUCGAAGAUCAAAUCUUGUUGUACAUGAGAGGAGUCACACAGGGGAAAAGACAUAUCCAUGUUCAGAAUGUGGGAAAUGUUUUAAUGACAAAUCGAAUCUUGCCAGACAUCAAAGAAUUCACACAGGAGAGAAGCCAUUUUCAUGUUUAGAUUGUGGGAAAUGUUUUACCCAAAAAUCAUAUCUUUUGAGGCACCAGAUAAUUCACACAGGAGAGAAGCCAUUUUCAUGUUCAGAAUGUGGGAAAUGUUGCUCUCAGAAAUCAGAUCUUGUUAAACAUCAAAGAACUCACACAGGGGAGAAGCCAUAUUCAUGUUUAGAAUGUGGGAAACAUUUUAGCGUUAAAUCGCAUCUUGUUGAGCAUCAAAAAACUCACACAGGGGAGAAGCCAUUUUCAUGUUCAGAAUGUGGAAAAUGUUUUACAGUAAAAUCAAAUCUUGUUAAACAUCAGAGAAGUCACACAGGAGAGAAUCCAUUUUCAUGUUCAGAAUGUGGAAAAUGUUUCCCUGUGAUAACUCAUCUUAUUGAGCAUGAAAGAGCUCACCGAGGGGAGAAGCCAUUUUUAUGUUCAGAAUGUGGAAAAUAUUUUUCUCAGAAAUCACAUCUUAUAAGACAUCAGAUAACUCACACAGGGGAGAAGCCUUUUUCAUGUCCAGAAUGUGGGAAAUGUUGUUCUCAGAAAUCAGAUCUUGUUAAACAUAUGAGAAUUCACACAGGGGAGAAGCCGUAUUCCUGUACUGAAUGUGGAAAAUGUUACAGCGUCCAAUCACAUCUUGUUGUACAUCAAAAGACUCACACAGGAGAGAAGCCGUAUUCUUGUUCAGAAUGUGGGAAAUGUUUUACAUUGAAAUCAACUCUUAUUAGACACCAGAGAAUACACACAGUGGAGAAUCCAUUUUCAUGUUCGGAAUGUGGGAAAUGUUUUACUGUGAUAUCACAUCUCAUAGAACAUCAAAGAAUUCACACUGAAGAGAAGCCGUUUUCCUGUUUUUAACCCGUUUUAUUGACUAGAAAAUAGUUUGUAAAAAGUAAAGUCGCAUGAAUGUCAUCUAAAAACCAAAUAGAAUCCAGAUAAGACAUCGAUGUAUCAACCACGUGCAUAGAAUAUUUCACAUUAAGGGUAGGUUCACACGGAACGGAUCAGACGAUGGACUCUUAUAUAUGCCUGCAGCUUUGCCUGCUUGUAGCGGCAAUACGCUGUAAAUAGGACAGGAAGCAGAUGGCUCCAUUCACAGGGUAGAGACCAUCAUGGUGGCUCAGCCAAUCAGGUAUUGAUUUCUCAAUAACUGUUACCAAUUCUCAAUAAUUGUUUAUUUAUAUGUUUAUAUGUAUUUAAAAUAAAACUGCUAUG